UGUUGAUGAAUUUAACCAACGAAUUUUAGCUUUAAAACCUGAUCACUGAACUGAACAUAUCAGGUGAUUCGUCGACCGAUUUCAGAGCAGAUCCACGAGAGCCAGAACCAGAAUGGAUCCCGGGCUAGCCAUUAACAGAGCCAUCCUUCUGCUGUCAGCUGUCUGUCUGAGUGUUUGCUCUCAGCCAAUCACAGACAGCCAGCGUCUGUUUUCCAUUGCAGUAAACAGAGUUCAACACAUCCACCUGCUCGCCCAGAGACUUUUCUCUGACUUUGAGAGCUCUCUGCAGACUGAGGAGCAACGUCAACUCAGCAAGAUCUUCUUGCAAGAUCACUGCAACUCUGAUAUCAACAUCAGCCCAUUAGACAAGCAUGGCACUCAAAACAGUCCGGUUCAGAAGCUCCUGUCUAUCUGCUAUGUUCUGGUAGAAUCCUGGGAAUUACCCAGUCGCUCUUUGGCCGGGAGUUCGGCUCCACGGAACCAGAUUUCCCCCAAACUGGGUGAACUCAAAACAGGAAUUCUUCUUCUGAUUAGGGCCAAUCAGAAUGUAGCUGAGAUCUAUGAGGACACCCUGUCUCUUCCAUUGGGAGAGUACAUAGACUAUUAUCGUGGACUUGGGGCUGACGGCUCACUGAGGCGGACAUAUGAGCUGCUAGCUUGCUUCAAGAAGGACAUGCAUAAGGUGGAGACCUACCUGACUGUGGCUAAAUGUCGACUGUCUCCAGAGACAAACUGUAUCCUGUAAAUGUACCCCACCAUGAUGACUGCCUCAGCUUUUUAAUAAUAAUAUUAGCAUGAGCAGUGCUAUGAGUAGGAAGUGUCAUAAUAAAGUUUGUGUUGCAUUC